AUUACACAAGAACAAGGACUGAUAAUGUGGCAGCCAGUUACAUGUUUCUCUGACGAAUUAGCAAGUAUGGUUGUUGAGUUUGUAGUUCCUGCUUGCAGUCUGCCAUAACGCUUGUGUGAGAAUGACGUCAAGCAGGUCGAGACGAACAGUCUAGAACAAAUGUUUUGUAACUGCAUUCAAGCACUGCAAUUGUUUCACUUUGUUUAACAUUACGAGUUUAUGUGCUGUGCUGAGUCUUACAACCGAAACAUAAUUCCAUUAUGAAUGGUGAAAUUUAAAGCGAAAUCGCACAAAUUAUUUUACCGCGUAUAAUUUAUCGUUGAUUAUAAUGCAAAAUUUAAUAAUCCACAAUGAACAUUUGAAUUGGUCCGUAUUUUGGAAGUGUAGGGAUUUUACGUUCAUCGCUUGCUUUUUUUAAAAAAAUUGUGGCAUAAUUUUUUGAUGUGAAUUUCGUUAUUCUGUAUUUGCACAGAACAUUCAUGAAACACUUUUCAAAAUAUCUGGCGUGUACUUAAUACGAACUAAGCAUGAUUUAUCUAUUUUAUCAGCGACUUUUAAACUUCUGUUUAUGUAAAAAAAAUGUUUUGGAAGUAAUUUUCAGUGUUACAUACCAUUAUGCUGCAAGAAAAUCUCUUCAGCUGCUUUUGUAUGAUCGCAUUCUUACAUUAGUGUCUAUAAUAAAUUCAUUAGUUUAGAAUUCGCAUAAAAUCACAGUUAAAAGUGUCUACGACCCGUUGGACUCAUCGUCAUUCAACCGAGGUUGGACACAGAUCACAGAAUCUACAGCUGCAGAGAUGCUCACACUAUGUCUGUGUGUCCUAUCCCGCUGUGUAUCUGGCUGCUGUGGGUAUGGUUUCCAGGGGACUGUGUGUGUGAUGUGAGGCUCGCCUGUCGCCAUGUUUUGCCUUCUGGCCUUUGUGGGAGCGCUGUUCGCACUGGCGUUGCCUAGCAACAAUGUUGGGGUGGCUUACCAGCCUGAGUUCACCGAGCCAAUCGCUAAUCUGACGGUCCCUUUGGGGAGGGAUGCUACAUUUCGUUGCAUGGUGCAGCAUCUGGGUGGCUACAGGAUUGGCUGGGUAAAAGCAGAUACAAAAGCAAUCCAGGCUAUAAACGACCACGUGGUUAUCCAUAAUCCACGUGUUUCCGUGUCACACGUUGAUCACACCAUGUGGAACCUCCACGUCAAAAAUGUCCAUGAGGAAGACAGAGGGAUGUACAUGUGCCAAAUCAACACUGAUCCAAUGAAAAGCCAGUUGGGGUACAUGGAUGUGGUCGUACCACCUGACUUCAUAAACGAGGACACAUCUGGAGAUGUAAUGGUGCCUGAGGGUGGUACUGUGAAGCUGACGUGUCGAGCACGGGGUUACCCUGAGCCCCAUGUCCUUUGGCGACGCGAGGAUAAUGCAGACAUCGUUAUAAAGGAACCUUCAGGAGUCAAAACGAGAGUUUCUUCGUACCAGGGAGAGAUUCUGAAACUUACGAAGAUCAUGAGGUCAGAGAUGGGUUCGUAUCUGUGUAUUGCCUCUAAUGGGGUCCCGCCUUCCGUCAGCAAGAGGAUUAUGGUCAGCGUUCACUUUUAUCCAGUAAUUCAGGUGCCUAACCAGCUGGUUGGUGCUCCGUUGGGCACUCAGGUCACCAUCGAAUGCUUCGUAGAAGCAUCGCCCAAGUCAAUCAACUACUGGGUUCGAGACACUGAGAUGGUGAUUUCUAGUGACAAGUACGAGGUGAAACUUAUUACCAGGUCGUUCUUCGAAAUGCACAUGAUCUUGGUGAUCAAGAAAUUCCAGGCACGAGACGUCGGAUCAUACCGAUGUAUCGCUAAGAACUCUCUCGGCGAAGUGGAAAGUAACAUUCGUCUCUAUGGGAUUCCCGGCCCUACACGUAGAGUUUUUACCCCGCGCUACGAGGAGGACGAAGACUACAUGGAUCAGUACGGGUCGGCGGAACAAGACGAAGAAGAGGAACAGACUAACAUUUUGGUCCAACGACCCGGUCAUAGGGUCGUCGUCCCGACCCUAGGUCUUCCAGUCCUAGGUACGCACCGUACCUACCCGGAGAAUCGCGUCCUGAUAUCACCGGCACGUGGUGGGGGAUCCAGCCCGAGUCUAAGCAGAGGUUCAAGGUCACAGCACAUCGAAGUUUGGGUCGUAGGCGUUACUACGUUUCUGUUGUUCCUUCGUUUGGCGGAUGAAGUGUAGAACAAUGACAGAACAUUUUAUUAACGUGAUAACAAUUUCUGUAAUAACUCAGCCCUGAUAUAGCAACAGUGUUUGCGUCAGAAAUAAGUACUGCAAGAACUCAGGGACUGAGUACAAUAGAAUGAAGUCGUUAAACAAAAAAAAAUUGUUGUGUGUUUAUAUUAAUUCUACUGAGCUUACAGUGAAAUAAUUCACAAAGUUGUGCAUGCCAUAUAACAUAGGCAGCCUCCAGACGAGUUUAAUUCUUCGAAUAUUUAAUAUUGAAAGAAGUUACGUAGGAUCUCCGUGAUUUGUAUACCAAAUAUGGGACUUUUAAAAUCUUAAUAUUGAAUAAUGACAUUUUCACUGAGAUAUGUUAAGAUUUAAAAAUGAAAUUAAGUUUCUACGUAAUUUGUUUGUGAAGAAUCUCCAGAAAUAAACUAUGCUGUAGCCAAAAUAAUCAGCUCACGGGAUAGCUCAGUCGGUAGAGUGACUAGCUACGGGCUGGACAACCGGGGUUAGCAUCCUAUCCAAUGGGUACCGGGGUCCUUUCUCGGGGGUAAAGCGCGGCCGGAGCGUGAUGCUGACCACCCCACCCCCUACCAAAUGUAAAAAUAAGUCAAGAUAGAGUGCAGCACUGUGCAUUGACAAUAAUUUUACUUCGCCUUCGUGUGAAGUGAACAAUAAUGACGGAACAAUUUGUAUACAAACAGACAAUUUGAUUGGAUUGUUAUACAAGAAGUGAAUUGUUUCGUGGAGAUAUGGUUCUUCGACGUUAAUUGCGACUCGAGACAUUACCUUCGGGUUUGUGAGAGUAAUUAUAGAAAAUGUAAUAAUCUUAAAUAAACUGAAAUAUGUAUCAUCAGAAGA